GUGGAGCCCCUGUGCCCUCAGGGUCUGUCAGGCCCACAGCACGGGGAGCCUCCUCCUAUCCCCCAACCUAGAGCCUCUCCGGCUUCCGAAGCCCAGCCCCUGGCCCUCCCCUAGUCCCCACCCUCAGUGGCCGGACUGGUUCCCAACAAAAGCACCCUAGGAAUGAGCUCACGGGGAGGGAGGCGGCCGCCUCCACUCGCCCCGCCCCGCACGCCCAGCGGAGGAAGCGCUGCCCGCCCUCCCCUCCCACCGGACGGGGCGUCUGGGGACCUGGGGGUGGGGAGGGCCGCCUGGGUGAGGCGAGGCUGGUGGGGGCACCUGGAACCCGCUGCGUGCCCUCUUGGUUCACCCCACAUAGAAGGAUUUUGGAGUUGUGGUCAGGACAGCGCUGUUCCCAGAACCAACUCAGGAGUAGCCAUGUCGGUGCAGGUGGCAGCCCCCGGGGGCGCUGGGCUGGGCCCUGAGCGCCUGAACCCGGAGGAGCUGGUGCGGCAGACGCGCCAGGUAGUGCAGGGGCUGGAGGCGCUGCGGACGGAACACCGUACCCUGGCCGGGCACCUAGGCGAGGCGCUGGCCAGACAGGGCCCGGUGGCCAGCUCGGAGCUGCUGGAAGAGAAGCAGCAGGUGGUGAGCCACUCACUGGAGGCCAUCGAGCUCGGGCUGGGUGAGGCCCAGGUGCUGCUGGCCCUGUCAGCACAUGUGGGCGCACUGGAGGCCGAGAAGCAGCGGCUACGGGCCCAGGCCCGGAGGCUGGCGCAGGAGAACACAUGGCUGCGAGAGGAGCUGCAGGAGACGAGGCAGCGGCUGUGGGCCAGUGAGGCAGCUGUGGCCCAGCUGGAGGAGGAGAAGAGCCACCUCCAGUUCCUGGGGCAGCUGCGGCAAUACGACCCACCUGAGGAGAGCCAGCGGCCAGAGUCGCCCCCUCGCAGAGACAGUCUGGCCUCCCUGUUCCCCAGCGAGGAGGAGAAAGGUCCCGAGGCAGCAGGGGUGGCGGCAGCACAACAGGGUGGCUACGAGAUCCCUGCCCGACUUCGGACCCUGCACAACCUCGUGAUCCAGUACGCGGCCCAGAGCCGCUACGAGGUUGCUGUGCCUCUGUGCCGCCAGGCCUUGGAAGAUCUGGAACGCAGCUCAGGCCACUGUCACCCUGACGUGGCCACCAUGCUCAACAUCCUGGCCCUGGUAUACCGGGACCAGAACAAGUAUAAGGAAGCCACUGACCUCCUCCACGAUGCCCUGCAGAUCCGGGAACAGACCCUGGGCCCGGAGCAUCCUGCGGUGGCUGCCACCCUCAACAACCUGGCGGUCCUCUACGGGAAGCGUGGGCGGUACCGGGAGGCGGAGCCCCUGUGCCAACGCGCCCUGGAGAUCCGGGAGAAGGUCCUGGGCGCCGACCACCCGGAUGUAGCCAAGCAGCUCAACAACCUGGCCCUGCUCUGCCAGAACCAGGGCAAGUUUGAGGAUGUGGAGCGGUACUUCGCAAGGGCCCUGAGCAUUUAUGAGGCCGUGGGGGGGCCCCACGACCCCAAUGUGGCCAAGACCAAAAGCAACCUGGCCUCUGCCUACCUGAAGCAGAACAAGUACCAGCAGGCCGAGGAGCUGUACAAGGAGAUCCUCCGCCCUGAGGACCUGCGCGCCCCACUGGGAGCUCCCAGCCCAGGCACAGCUAGUGAUGGGAAACAGCAGGCCCUGCCUCGGAGCAGCUCCUUCUCCAAGCUUCGGGAAUCCAUCCGGCGGGGCAGUGAGAAGCUGGUCUCCCGGCUCCGGGGCGAGGGCGCUUCAGGGGUGGCGGGGAUGAAGAGAGCCAUGUCACUCAACAUGCUGAACAUGGACGGGCGGGCUGCUGCAGGGACUCAGCUACCCAGUCGACCCCUGGGUAAGGCCCCUCGGACCUUCAGCGCCAGCACCCAAGACCUGAGCCCCUGCUAAGGUGGAUGGGACCAAGUCACUGCACUGCACUGCAGCUUCAGGAGUGGGUGGCAUCCAUCUUGUGCACACCAUGGGCCCCUACAGUAGGCUUCCACCUGUCUACCCUUCCUGUGAUUAAAUUCUGUAGAUGUGGCAAUGA